AUGGCACAAUUACACGUGUUUCUUGUGCUUUCGAUAAUGUUUCAUAUGCUGCUGGUUAACACACAGCAAUCAUCUCUAGAGGAAGGUUGUCCAAAAGCAACCCGUCCUCAUAUGACACGGUGCGAUCAAUAUUAUCGCUGCACGGUACUAUCCAAAGAGGCUCACGUUUGGGUUGCAACGCAAUGUCAGAAGGGGCUCGUAUAUCUGCACAAUCUCGGCACAUGUGUCGUACCAGAUAGCGAUUGGGAGUGUGAUCUGUCGGCUGAAAAUGAGAAGAAUCACAGUGAUGAAAAUGUUUACGGUAUUGACAAUCUGAACGUACCUUCACUAGCCAGCAGCUCCAACUCUGCUAGUGAGGAGCAGUCGCAAGAAAGUCCCACUCAUUCGACAUCGAAAGGAGAUCGAACGAAAGCGUAUAGCUCUACACAGCUCGACCAGAACGAUAUUGAAUCCAGUGGAGACGGAAUCCCGGAACGUGUAAGCGACGAGCCUCACACACCAACAGCACGCACCACUGACAACAUCAGCACUAAAACCCUUGUACGCACAGUUACUCCAUCAAUUUCAUCGGGAAGUUUAAAUGCAUCUCAGCUGGACUCUUUCCUGGCCUACUACGAUACACAGAAUGCGCUAAAGCUUCAAACAAAGCAAUCUCCACCGAGGAUGGACGAGAAGAACUUUCUCGAACAUCUGAAGCAGAUCGUUAGCCAACAGAAAGAGCUAAACGCAAUGGCACGAAUUCCAAGCCACAGCGAUCCGUUCUCGUACGAAACUGUCCCAGUACAACAGCUCGUUAAAAAGAAAGAAGACGCAGUGGAUGAUCCUAUAUCUACGCUUAAUCUCUCACCUGGAAUGCAGGAUAUUAUCAGAAGUAUACUGGACAUUUCUCAGAAAGCGAUUGCAAAUCAAAAAUCUCCUGUUUCUUCGAUUGCAUCAGCCCCGGAAGUAAAAGAUCCGGUUGUGAAACCUAUAUUUAUACCCAUUUCGGUGAAUCCGGUUCCGGCACCGAGCGUACCAACGCUAACGACAACUGAACAACCGCUUAACGAUCGAUAUUCACCUCCGUACGGCAUGGGUUUCGGAAAUCCACCUAACUUGGGACUGAAUGCGAUGCCCAACGGGUUAAGAAUUCCUGGCAUGAAUGAUACAACUUUAAACGACUUUCCCCAGCAAGUGCUGUACGAUGCCUACGGGAAUAGGUAUGUGCCAAAGGAUGCCGCUUAUCAGUCGGUGACACCGAGCUAUUCGAUUACCAACUAUAACCCUUACUUGAAUCGUUCGCCUCAAUCGUCGCUAAUGAUCGAUUCUCCGUCGGGGUCAUUCUAUUCGAGCAAUAGCUUUCCGCCGUCAUUUCAAAUGCAACCUUCAAGGUUUCCCGAUCCGCUAUCGUACUUUCCCCAUUUGGGACCAUCAUCUCAGCGAAUCAAUCCAUUAGUGAGCGAUUAUGACAAAACUGGUGACAUUAUAGAUCAAGUGAAGUUGCUCGAAUCCAUCGAGUCUAUCGAUAACGACAGUGAAAAAGAUGGCAGCUUGGAAAAAGAUCUACCAUUACCGGUUAAUCGACAUUCGGUGGACGUGGACGAUGAAGGUUCCGACGAGGAUGGUCCGCACGGUGAUGCGGACAGUGCUGAGACUAAGUAUAAACGAAAACUCUUCACUGUCGGCGAUACGACAUUCGAUUACGAGCAGUACAAGGACAGUAUCCUUCCAUUGGUGGAUGCCAAUCCAGACGAUGAGCGAAUCUCCGUUGUCCUUUGCAUGGUCGGCAGUCGACAGCCUAACAAUACCGAUUGUUUCAAUUAUUACAUCUGCAACCCGCAUAAUGGCGUGUUCCAGUCGUACACCUGUCCUCCGUUUACGGCAUUCAACAAAAAGUCUCGCAUGUGUGAUUUAACCUCGUACAAGCAGUGUAAAAAUUUGAUGACGCCACCGGUACCUCCGCGGCCACAGCUGAGAACGCGCAAGGAACCGCCCGCAAAGCAACGCGUGAGCCAGAUCAACCAGAUCAAGCAGGAACUCCUGAAGGCACAGAAGUACGUCGAGUUGAUAAGACUUGAGGCGAACAAGCUGAGGCUUCACAACAGCAUGCCAUCAUCGGAAGGUCAGAAGGUAAUCUUCCUUCCAUCGAUGGGAGGCCACAGCAAGUCGGUAACUUCGAAGGUGAAACCAAAGCAAGCGCCCACAAAGAAGAAGCGUGUCACGGCCAAACCGGCAAGAAAGGUACCACGGUGCCGGCUAGAGGGACGUAUGCCAGAUCCAAUGGAUCAGAGCAACUACUACGUGUGCCACCGGAAGAGUCCGAACAAGUUCAUCAAGCUUAAGAUGGCUUGUCCGGCCGAUCUUCUCUACUGUGCCGACACGCAAUACUGCACGCUGCGUACCAACUGCUGA